AUGGAUCGCUCUAGCAAACAAGCUAGACAACCCUCAAAGCAACGGAAAGCUCUCGCAGAUGCGGGCUCGAGAGCAAACGCCGCGGCCGCUCCCCAGCAACGCCUCAAGCAGAAGGCCAUGCAACCCACCACCAACCUGCCGCACAAUGAGUCCAUCGUAACCAACGGCCCGACUCUCACUGUCCGCAAUCCCGGCCCCGCCGACAACAAGCGUCUGUCGGUCAUUCAAGAUGAAGACAAUCGCUCCAGCAACCGAAACUCGGCCAUCUCGACCGCCUCGUCCACCAUGUCGGCGGGCGGUCGACGGAAGACGCACAUCGGACCCUGGCAGCUUGGCAGGACCAUCGGCGAGGGCGGUUGCUCGCGCGUACGAAUGGUCAGGCACUCUUUGACAGGCCAGCUGGGCGCCGCGAAGAUUAUUUCGAAGAAGAUGGCCGACAAGGUCAAGGCACAGAGUCUUCUCAACUUGUACAAGAGUGCUGAGACGGACCCCGAACUGCUGGCCCAGAUGAAGAUUAUGCCGUUUGGAUUGGAGCGUGAGAUUGUCAUCAUGAAGUUGCUCGAACACCAAAACAUUGUCAAGUUGUACGAUGUAUGGGAAAACAGGAGUGAGCUCUACCUGAUUAUGGAAUAUAUUGACGGUGGCGAGCUCUUCGACUACAUCGACGUCGAUGGCGGGCUCGAUGAGCUCGAGGUUGUCUUCAUCUUCCGUCAGAUUAUCGCUGCUCUGCUUUACUGCCACCGCAUCCACAUCCAUCACCGUGACCUUAAGCCCGAGAAUAUUCUCGUCGACAAGGAAUCAUGGGAGAUCAAGCUCGUCGAUUUUGGCAUGGCUGCCCUUCAGCCUGAGGGACGCUUCCUCAGCACACCUUGCGGUAGCCCCCACUAUGCCGCCCCAGAAGUCAUUCGGUACAAGCGCUACGAUGGAGGCCAAGCGGACGUCUGGUCGUGUGGUGUCAUCCUCUACGUUAUGCUCACUGGCGGUCCCCCGUUCACGUACAGCGGCCACGACGCCGACCUAGCACAACUCUUCAAGCUCAUCGCCAAGGCUCAAUAUGUCAUGCCCGAUCAUCUCAGUCCUGAAGCCAAAGAUUUAAUCUCCCAAAUUCUCGUUCCGGACCCACGCAAGCGUAUCACGAUCGAGAAGGUCUGGAACCAUCCCUUUUUGCACAAGUAUGAUGAAGAGCUGGAAAUGAAAGGCGAAAAAGCCAAGAUUGAGACUUGGAUUGGUGCCAGGCCGCGGAUAGAGAACUGGGAUGUCUCGUGCCUUGACGACAUCGACAGGGAGAUUGUGCGAAACAUGCGUACCCUGUGGCACAGCGAGCCUGAAGAGGUGCUGCUUCAGAAGCUACUGAGCCCCGAGCCCAACCAAGAAAAGUACUUUUACAGCGCUUUGGCAAAGCAUCGAGACGAGCACCUCGAAACCUGGGGCGGAACCCUCGAUGUUGGCUACUCUGCUAGCGACUACCACCAUGUACAUCACCGUCGUAGAGAGGUUGUGCCGCCUGUACCGACUGGUGCCCACGGUCGCACCAAGUCACAAUUCUCGAUCCUCAACGAUGAGCACCUACGCUCCCGCCACAGCCUUCAGGAACCCACCCCGUCUGAACAGAGCUAUGAUCCCUUCCGCGCUUCAAGAGAGCCUUCGUUGGCGAACAAGGAGAACCCUUACAUGAACGUCACUGUCCAUCGUGGCGGCUCGAUUGGCAGUGGAGGUCGUCGUAGAUCUACUGUAACGAGCAAUCAUCACGGUCAAGCUAGCAUGCUGAGAGUUGAGGCUCUAAAGAAGACAAACUGGCGCAGUUCUGGUUUGUCGAGCAACGGCUCUAGGUCUUCGCGGAAAGGUUCUCCGGCAGGCACACACCGUCGCAACUUGUCGAAGGCCUCAUCCACUAGCUCGGUCUGGCCGAGCUCUCCACCAGUUAUUGUAAGGCCUGCUAGUUCGCAUAAGCGUGGUGUUUCCUUUGCGCACCUAAGGAGAAGCUCGACACUCAGCCGCUUGACGGAUUCCGUGCAGUACACACCCGAGCAGAACAAAUUUUUGCAGAAUUCGGAUGUGCUAUUUUCCGCGACUCCUUCGUCUGUGGCUCCUUCGGCCGCGGCUCCCUUGCAAUCAUCCACGCCAAUUGUGGAGCAGCCGCUGAGGUCACGCAAGGAAUCGAAGGGAGCACCGAUACCUCGUCUCAAGGUCCGCAAGUCUGAGACUCCCAGUCGGCUUAUCGAGGGAGAUGUUCGUAAGGCUAGCACGGAGCUCGAAAAGGUUCUGGACGAGGCUUUCAAUAACCGUUCUUCAGUCAAUUCCAGCCUUCGCACUUCCACGACCGCUCCCCCCACCAACUAUGAGACACCACCCUCUUCCGUUUCGCAUCGUGGCUCUGGUGCUUCCGCCUACGCUGCGGAAGCCAAGGCGUUUGAUACGAACAUCACUCAGCGGCCUUUACCUCCUCUACCGACCACUGAUGAUUCGCCAAACUCGCAUAUUACUCGUGAGCUGGCAGUGACCCGGGAUCGGCUUGCUGCGCGCUUGGCUUUGGAGGACCGGGAGAAUGCGGACAAGUAUGAUGCGGUACUCGCGCAUCUAGACAGUCUGCUGAACAGUGCCAACAGUGCUACCCAGGCCGAUGGCACCCGUUCAACUUCCGCUCCUCAUCCCAAGUCGCCUGAGCAUCUGCCAAUCAUAUCGGAGGAAGGUAAGACGCCCGCGGAUACCCCUAACUGGCGUAGUGGAUACUCUGGCGACAAGAAUGACACAAUCCGGAUGGUUGAUCCAUCUUCGCCUUGCCCGCCUGGUCACAUUGCGCCUCUCAAAAUUCGCAAGGCCAGCACCGCUAGCACUGUCGCUUCCCCUGCACGUACCGUUGUGGGCGCCCAGUCGCAGCUGCAAGUCCCUAAAAGCGAGGUACAGCCACUCCGUCGCAAAUCCAGCCGCCUCUCAGACCGCCUAAGCUCCCACGAGGUAAGCGGUGCAUCUACGCCGAACAAGGAUGCCAGCAAAGAUGCGAAGGAUGCCAAGAAGAAGAGCUGGUUCCGUCGCAAGUUCAGCGACAGUGAAACGCCGACCUUGUCAGACACGCCAGAUGUUAAGCAGCAGAUCCCAGAGGCGUGGAAAGGGCUUGACGACCGCAUGGACCCAAAGCCCAAGGCGCGCCCGGCCCUUACCAGGGUUGAUACGGAUGGUUCCAGCGGCAGAUGUGGUCCUGACAAGGGCUCGAAGAAGGGUGGUUUAUGGAAGUGGCUGGGCAAGAAGGAUGCCAAGAAGGGCAUGCUGGAGUUGGCAUCGCCCACGGAGCUGUCCAAUUCUUCUUUCCUCUCGAGCAACUUCGACCUCCCCGAAGGCUCACCGGACUCGAGUCGCGCGAUUGAAGGCCAGAACUGGCUCGCACGCUUCCUGCACAUCAAGCCCGCCACCAAGGCCUUGUGCUUCCAAGUCGGCCGUGGCCGCGCACGCUCCGAGAUCGUGCGCCUGCUGCGCGACUGGAAGCGUUUCGGCGUGCGCGACGUGAGCUACGACCGCGUGAACAAUGUCAUUACAGCGAGGGUUGACAAGGAGAACCACCUCAAGAUCAAGCCCGUGGCCUUUAUCGCGGAGCUUUACGUCGUGCUAGAGCAUGGCCGGCGCGCACAGCUCUGCCUCGUACGCUUCACGCAAACACGCGGCGCGGCGUCAUCGUUCCGCAAAGUGGUGGACGUGCUGGACGAUUGCUUCAGCACACGCGGCAUGCUGGUCGAGAACGAGGAUCGCAAGCGAGCCAUGGUCGACAUGCUUGGUUAGCUAAACGGAAACGACGACGAUGGAACGACGGCUACGGAACAAGACAAAAAAAAAAAGAGACAGACUUCCGGUCUGACGAAAAUCGUCGGGCUCCGUCGACGGCCCCGAGUCGAACCAUUUGCGGUUUUCUUUUCUUACUUUUUCCUUUUUUUCCUUUUGGGGAAUUUGCCUUUUCGAGGGGUUUCCGGCUCGGAGGGGCAUGACUACGAUUGUACCAUGCCAUGCCAUGCUGCCUUGUACGCAGCGCCUAACGAGAGUAGCGUUGUGCGCAGCAGCGGCUAAGGCUGGCUGGCUGGCUGGUACGACGACAACGACGACCAUGACGGUGUUUUUUGGUUUACGGAGAUGGGACUCUGGAGGGGCUUGGUUGGAACUGCUUCGUGCUUUUUU